CAGGGCGCGGGGACCCGCCGGCAUCGCAGGAACAGGAAGGAGAAGCAAAGGAUCAAAGCGAGCGAUGCUGCCGCUGCUGCUGCCGUCCCGGGGGAGGAGGGCAGGUCCUUGUGCAGGAGGGGGGACAUGAUGGUGGAUUUUGAGCAGACCGGCUGGGGCAGCUGGAUCGUCCACCCCAAGAAGUACAACGCCUACCGGUGCGAAGGGCAGUGUCCAUCGCCCGUGGACGAGACCUUCAAGCCCACCAACCACGCGUACAUACAGAGUCUGCUGCAGCUCUACAAGCCCAACCAGGUGCCCUGCCCCGCCUGCUCCCCGGUCAGGAUGAGUCCCCUCUCCAUGCUCUACUACGAGAAGGGCGAAAUCGUCGUCCGCCACCACGAGGACAUGAUCAUCGAGGAGUGCGGCUGCAACUGA